GUUAGGCCACUGUGGGGCGUUUGGUGCUGGCAGCUUCAAAGACUUCAAAUGGUGUACCUUCAGGAAACCGUCUACGUGUAGUGUUCAGUCGGUGCAUUCUCAGGAGCUGCUCUCCAAGCCCCUGCUGCACCGCUGCCUCGAGCUCUGGGGAUGGGGCGCAUGCGCCUUCCACUCCGGUCCGGGCCCUGUGACUGAACCAGCCUUUGAUUGACAGGUGAAGGACGAGGCGCGGGCACGGGUCAGCGCUCGCUCCCGCCGCUGCUCCCGCAGCGUCUCCCCUCCCCCCGCUACUCGCUCCUUCCAGGGCCCGCACCUCGGCGUUACCCCGCCAGCAAACAUGGCGGCGCUCAGCCCGGAGCCCGCAGCCGCAGCGGGGCGGCUCCGAGCGGGCGCCCAGCUCUCGGUCACUGUGGAACACGUCGUCAGCGGCACCUUGGUGGUGUCCACCAACUUCGGAGGGAGCAGCUUCACCGGGAUCCUGAUAGAUAUGGCCAAGAAGUCUGGUUUGUAUGGUUUUCCUGCGAACCAGUUUGCCGAGCAAGAGGAGUUUCCUGCCAAGUCGUGUACCAGUGACACCCUUGAUGGUAAAGAACAGGCAGUGUGUCAAACUGAGUCACAGCUUUGCAACAUGCAAGUUUCCAAUAUGUUAGGCAGAGAACAAAUUUCACCUCUUCAGCCAUUACCAGAAACUGUGCCUUGCUUUCCACCUUAUUGUGAAGGUGUACCUCUACCACAGCCAUUAGUAUUGAGACAGACUUACAAUCAAUGGGUUCCCCAGCCACCACCUCGGACAAUCAAGCGCACAAAGAGACGCCUGUCAAGGAAUCGCGAUCCUGGUAAGCUUAUAAUGAGCACCAUCAGAUUGCGGCCAAGGCAGGUACUUUGUGAAAAGUGCAAAAACACACUAAAUCAGGAGGAGGACGAUGAUGACAAAGAUAGACACAACAGUAAGAACGAGAAAAAGACUAGCAUGGAGGAAAAUGAAAAGAGGAAACCUGAGGUAAUGUGCUGUGAAAAUAGGAAAAUAAAAAAGGAAAAGAAAGAUGAUAAAUUUUCUGGUGAGCUGGUACAUCGAAGCCCUGUGAUAAAAAUAUCAUAUAGCACACCUCAAGGUAAGGGAAAAGUUGUAAAAAUUCCCUCACGGGUACAUGGUUCAAUUGAGCCCUUUUGUCCUAAAAGGUUAUUGCAAAAUGAAAGUGUGGACCAGGACAAAAAUACAAAUUGUGAGGAAAUGGAGGUUCUUCCAGAAAAGUCAUUCUCUAGUCCACCUGGAACCAUUCCAAAACUAAAACUGACUAGACCUUUGCAUUCCAGUGCAGACAUCCCACCACCUAGAAUUCGACUAAAACCUCAUCGGCUUAGUAAUGGGGACAGUGUUGCAAUUUAUAAGGCCGAGCUUGUAGAUAAUGUAAAUAGUGAUGCACAGCCUACAAGGAGAUCAGAUAAUGGUACACUUCAUUCUGAAGAAUCUACAGGAAAGAGUUCAGUAGAGACGUCUGGGAGUUCUGGAGAGGAGGACCAAUGGCGGUACAAAAGGAGUCGUCGAAGCAAGGAUCAAGAUGAUCUGACUGUGUAUUUAAGUUAUAGGAAAAAACGAGCAGAUUCAUCAAGUUUAUCAGUCUGUAGUAAUGAUAGUUUAGAUGAAUCAAAGUCUUCUAGUUCAGAGAUGACUUCGCCAGAAGUAUGUGAUUUUGCACCUGGAGAUGAUGCUUCUGUGUCAUCGUCUUCCAAAGAAGAAAAGACAGUGCCUCCUUUAACUGUGAGACUUCAUACCAAAACUGUAAUGAAAUGUGUAACAGCGGAUGGCAGGACUAUAUCUGUUGGAGAUAUAGUAUGGGGAAAAAUUCAUGGCUUCCCCUGGUGGCCUGCACGCAUUCUCAGCAUUAGUAUUAACAAGAAGGAAAAUGGGGCUCCACAAUGGCAGGAAGCCAGAGUGUCUUGGUUUGGAUCACCUACAACAUCGCUACUUUCUGUAUCAAAAAUCUCCCCAUUUUUGGAAUAUUUUAAAUUGAGGUUUAACAAAAAGAAAAAAGGAGUAUACCGCAGGGCAAUUACCGAAGCUGCCAAGGCAGCUGAUCACCUGACACCUGAAAUUCGAUCUCUUCUUUCACAAUACGAAAGUUAACUGAGCAGCAGCAACAGAUAGCUGAAGAUCAGGGGAAAGAUGAGUGGAUAUCCUUCCUAUGUUUUAACUGUCUCUGAGCUUCAACCAAUGCUCCAUUUUGUAUGGCAAUUACAGGCUGUUGGAUCCUGGUGAGUUCUACCAAGUUAUCUUGAAGGACUGAGCUUGAGCUGCAACAAGCAAGGGAAAGGAGCAAGCAGAAGGAAGUCUGACUUUUCUUAUUGGACUGUUAAUGGCUGUGAUGUAGCCCAUAUUAUGGGUGGACAGUGAAUGUUAUAAUUUGGAAUGUAACUAUUUAAGUCACUGUUUUCAUUGUCUCAGAUUUGUUUCAAUUGAAUAAAAUUACUGCAAAAAAUUUCCCAGGUGAACAAUGGAUAAAGACUAGAGCAGUUUUUAUUUUGAUUCAGAUUUUUUUUUAAAUUACAUAGUGCAGUAGUUUUAAUACAGUGAGCAUAACGUAUCUUUAAAUACUGCAGAUGCCUAUUUGUCUCAAUGGUUGCGAGACAUUUUGGGUGUUUUUUUUUGCAACUUCAUUGGCAUUUAGCAGCAUAUCAUUAUCACAGUGCACUAGAUGCAAGCCUUGCAAAAUGCUAAUGUUACCUCUUCUCCAGCAUUCACUGGACCUGUACCCGAUGAACAAGUAAUGUUGAAUUAUGGUGCAUUUAAAGCAGUUCAGUGGAAAAGUAAAUCAUGAAGUUGUAAUAUAACUUUUCCCAAUGGUCAAAUUUAUGCAAAAAGAACCAUUAAUAAGAAGAGCCCAUACUGAGUAACAUGUUGGCCCUUUCAGUUGCCCUAAAGCAAUAUUAUGAAUCGUAUUAACCUGUAUCUUGAAGCACAUCAUCUUUAAGUGUAUCAAUUAAAGUUAGCUUUAGUGUCUUUCUUUAAGGUUUAUUUUGUAUACUGAUGCUGAAGUAACUGAGCAGACCGUGAUAUUAAGUUUAGAUGUGCUAUUAAUAGCACUGGACAUUGGAUAACCAGUGUGUUAGAAGAUACACAUGUAGUCCAGGCCACUGUAAAUUGGUGUAGCUAUUCUGUUUGUUCCACCAUUGCGUUUUCACUUCCAGUCCUAUUAUGUACAUGAAGUUUACCAAAAACUGAUGUGCUUCCAUAGAAAUAAACCAAAAUUAUUUUAUUGAGGAGGAAAGUGCAGUUCAAAGAAAAUCAGGCUAUAUGAAGAUUGUUUCCAUUAAUAUCUAUCUUGUUGAAAGGGUUAACGGGUUUUGAGGGUUAUCUCCAGUAUGUUAUGAAUCUUGUACAGUGAAAUCCAUUAUGACUGAGCCCAAAUUCCUCCAAAGAGACAGUGAAUUAUUCCAUCAUAACUGAAAAGGCAAUACCUGCAAGCAUGCUGGUGUCUUUACCUUGUCUAUACUGCAAGACAGCCUUGUACAGCACUUAAACACUGCCAGUUGGUAGGUGUACCUCUGCAAUAUAGACCCACAUAAAUCAGGCAAUACAUUUCAGUUUUUGGGCCAGAGUAGUCUUAGCAACUAUAUAAUUAAAAUUGGCAGCUUGAUAGGUAGGAAUAAAAAUUUGAUCCUUUGCAAAAUACUUGUGUGCAAACUCCAAACAAAUUAGAUUCAGUUGAAACAUUCCCUUUAAAUGACUAGAACAUAUACAGGAGGACACUUAACAGUUCUGGAAGUUGCUGGACCGUGUGGAACUGCAUCAGACCAUGAGCCGAUACCUUCAGGAGGGUAAAGGUGAAUCCAAGAAAUGGGAUGGAAACAUUUUUGAAGCAACUGUUUUGAAUGCAUGUAUGGAGCUAGUGGAUCAGCUGUUCUCUACUGUUAUGUUGUUGGAGCAGAGCAUUGUUUUGCAUGUAGGGGCAUUCUAGACAAAAUGUCCACCUGUAUUCAUUACAAGCAUUUAGAGGAACUGAGCAGACAACCUCUUCAAAGCCUGGAAUAAUUCAACUUUUUUUUUGUCAACUUCAGGUACAUAUAUCUAGGGAACCAGAGACUUAUCCAAAGAUGCUUCCAGCAUUUCUCCUAGUAAGCUACCAGUUCUUGUCUCAAAAUUCUGUUUUGAGGUAUUCAAAGAAACCUGAAUGAAAACACAUUCAAAUUUGCAGAUCUUCGAUGUACAUGACUUAUAUUUUUUACAGUUUAUCAAUCUGUUCCUGCAAAAAAACUUUCACAUUUUCUUCAUAUUAAUUAUUUCCAGUACCUUCUGAGAAGGAAUACUUUCUCUUCUUCUAGCACAAUUGCAAAAAAAAAGUCUUUAUCCUAUUUAUAACACCAGUUUCAACAAUCACAUGCUUGUUCAUACUUCUGGUGAAAUCACAUUUUAGCGUGCAAAGUGGUUUUAGCCAUAAAAACAUGGCUGCUGCUUCCUUGAGUGGAAUAAUUCUUCCAAUCAUCCUUGUGCUAAUAGUGAAGCCUUAGGAGCUUUUAUUUGGGUAGGGGAAAUGGCGGAGGAGUGAUUAAAACUGCAUGUACCAUAGUUUUCAUCCAUCAAUUUACCCAAUUGUUUACAUGAGUUGAUGCAGAUGAUAGGUGCCUUCCUACUUACAUAGGGACAACUUCAGCCAGUGGCUGCUGCCAACUAUAAUCAUUUUUUUAAUGACUCCUCUGUUUGUUUUAUGGUGGUGUGGAGACACAAGAUUCGACUCCUAUGUGCAUUUGUAAAGCCAUAAGAUCCAUAUUAUGUUGAACAACACAUUCUAGAUUCAUAAGACCAAUUUGAUGUUGUUUGAUUAAUUUCAUUUUCUUGGGGAAAAUCGAAUCCUGAGAUAAAGCUCUGCCUUGCUUAUUGACAGUUUUGUUUGCCUAAACCCUGGAGAGUUCCGUUGUGUUAAAAUAUACUCUGAUAUCAAGAUGGUAAAAGGCUGCUGCAGGAAACUGUCUUUUGUGUGUAUGGCUCUGAAUGGUUAUAAAUAAAGUUGCAACUACUCCACUUGGAUAGCAGAGCAAACCAACUGGGUUUAGGUGAGAUGCAGAAUUAAAAGACUCCUUGGAAUCGUGUAGAAGCUGUGGCAUGUGAGGGACAGCGUAGAACCUCAAUUUCAAUGACCCUGCACUGAAAAUGUUAGCCUCAAUUGGAAUUGAUUUCCUGGGUUGUAAACUGUAGUGAAUGAUAAUAGUUUAUAUACUCUACAGGAGAUUUUCUUUUUAUUUUAAUUGAUUGUAGCAAUGAAUUUUAAAAUGUGCUCUGCUGUACCUGUAAAUGCUAGUGAAUUGUAUUCAGUCUUUGAUAUGUUGCUUUACAACAGAUUGACAUUGUGUAUUUACUAGUGCAUUUCCACCAUACAAACUGCUGAUGUAUUGGGAGUAGCAACAAGGUAAAAAGUUAAUCAGCAAUAAAGUCUAUUGAAACAC